GGUGAAUUAGCGACUCCCUCAUGAACAGCAAGUCCAGUUUUCGCCUGCACCUUGGCAGCCUCCUCCGUUUUCAGAACUUCAAAGAUUUUCUGAGCAGCAGGUGCCAACAGUGGCAGGAGAGGGGGUCGCCUGUCGCGAACUGGAAGCUCCUUCAAGAAGUUGGUGAGACCAAUCUUCCUGAGCACUCACACUAUAUUAGCAUAGCCGUGGGCAUCGAGGCGCAGGGGAUAGCUUCUUGAGUGCACACAGCCAUGCAGCAGCCGCAGCCGACCUACGGGUAUGCGACCCCGAGUUCGUAUCACGGGGGAGCGCCAGGCUAUGGUGAAUCAGGGCACCCUGUAGGAGAGGGCGGACAGCCUUACGGAGGUGCAUAUGGAAGCACUCCGGGUGAGGGGUAUGCUUACGGGACCACCUCGCAGCCUCUUUCUCACCAAAGCCCCGAGUACGUCCCCAACUAUCACUCCCCCAAUGGGGUGUAUCCUCAGGAGCCUAAUCAUGCUUUUGCUGGAGGAGCCCCAAGCUAUGUCGCUCCGUCUGGACCGCCACUCGAGCCCCAUGCAGCAGCAAACAACUAUGAUACUCCAGCCCCAUAUGUGAAUGGUCCAGUGCCUCACGGCAUUUCAAACCCUAAUCCGCAUGGAUCUGACAGGCCUCCUCAAAAUGAACCCCAAGGAUCAUAUGGAGAACCAGCUCCUUCAAAUUAUGGGUACACGCAGUCGUACGGGAGUACCCAGCCCUCAGGAUAUGAAAUAGCAGGAGGGUUGCAUGGGACUGCACCAAGCAGUGUUCCGCCCAGCUAUGCAGAGGGACCUUCGUCAUUUGGAGCUGGGCCAGCAGCUUAUGUUGGAGAACAGGCCAGCAUGGGUGCAACCCAUGGACAUUAUGCACCUGGUCCAGCAGCUGCCCCCGCCGCUUAUUCACACAGCGAUACUGGCUAUGGAGCUUUGUAUGGGGCGCAAGCGGAACCAGCAGCCUAUCCUGUCUAUGAGUCAUCGUAUGGAUCUGCGCAGCCAGCUCCCUACAGCCAGCAAGCUCCGCCCCCUGCCACUUCCUCCUACUCCAACCUGCAUGCGCCGUCAGACAUUGGUGCCAAGCAGCCGUCAUAUCUCAGCACUCCACCCCAGUCAAGCAACCCUCCAUAUGAUAGCAUCCACGCAGGCCUCAGCUCUUUGAACCUGGGGAACCCGGUCUCUAGUGCCAAGCAGCCAAACUAUCUGGACAGGGCAGACUCUGGGAGCAACAAUCUGAAUUCUUUUAAGAGCAGCUAUGGAGGGACCAUCCGCUACGAAGCGCCACGCACGAGCAGCCACAGUGCACCUCGGGCUGAGUCGAGUGGCCAUGGCAGGAGCAGUGCGUCGUCAGAACUGAUUGAUAUUGUGCAGGGGCCUGGUAGCGUAGGGGGCAGCAGCUACCGGUCUGGGCGCGCUCAGCCUGCUGAUACUGUGGAAGGGGAGGGGGGAAUCCAGCGGUACAAGGUUCGGCUUAUGCCUGAGGACGGAAGCGCAGGGUCAGCUCAGCAGGUCCAAUGCCAAAUUGCUCUGGACGGUGUUCGCUUGUUCAACGCUGAUGGGAAGACGACGCUGCGCAUCUAUCCCCUUGAAAGCAUCACACGGUGGGCCGUCCAGCAGCCAACGGUGUUCACGUUCUGGGCUAAGACUGCGGUGGACGUGGAGCAGAGGGCGGUCAAGCUCGCAUCCAACGAGGGGACAACCACCGCAAUCCUGGACACGCUGACGGCGGCGUGCGUGCAGGUGGGAGACUUGCUCGAAAAGGAUUCGGGCGGCUCUCAGCACCUGACGGCCGCAUCAGUGAGUGCGGCCAGCUCGGAUAGCGCCAAGCCCAAGGGAAUGUCCAUUCUGGAGUGGGUCGCCAAGAAGCCUGUGGUGGAAGAAAAGCAACACUGGAUUCCUGAUGAGACUGUGACCAAGUGCUCCAGUUGUGGGUCGACUUUCACCGCUUUCAACCGGCGCCACCACUGCCGCAACUGCGGGGAGGUCUUCUGUGACAGUUGCACAAAGGGCAGAAUAGCUCUAACCAGCGAUGAGGGAGCGCCACCAGUGCGAGUCUGCGAUAGGUGCUUCGCAGAAGUGACGCAUCGGCUACAAAACGUGCAGCCUGCAAAAGCUAAAGCUACGCCGCAUAUCCGGGCGACUGAAGACUUGACCAAGAAGCUGCAGGCUGAGCUGGACCGCAAGAGACCCAACCCAGCGCCGGCCUCGAAUAGUGGCGGGGGCGGGGGCGGCCAGACGACGGUUCUGACGUGCAAGUCGUGCGGGAGCGUCAGCCUGAGCAGCGCCGGCAACACGCACUGCAGUGCCUGCGGGGCGGAUGCGAACAAGGCCCCAGCUACUUCCUCCUCCCGGUCGUCAGGAGGGGGCAACCGCCAGGCAGCGUGGAACACGGAGGGACCCCCUCACCUGUGGGAUCAGCAGCCAGCCAAGACAGGAGAGCGCACUCGCCAAGUGGCAUGUCCCACAUGCACCGUGCACCUGACUGUGAAAGUUCCUAGUCAGGGUACUGAAACGGUUGAGUGUGGCGUUUGCCAACACCCCUUCUUGGUCGCGGCAUGAUCUUUCUGGUCGCGGCAUAAGUUUUUGCUUGUUUUUCAAUUAGAGUGCUAAUUAGUUGACCCGCUUUUAAGACUUGGGACUACCCCUGUGAACCUGUUCGACGCUUCAUUUGUAAAUGUAGGUACCAUCCUCAAAGGCGUCUUCUGAUAUUCGUGGCCAUUGCAAAGGAUGUACAUUGAACAAACGUCUCUCACCUCUGCGAAAAGUGCUUUACAGACGAUAAUCAAUGCCAUGAAUGUGAUCAUCGACUUUCAUGCCGUUGGC